GGCUGAGCGCCGGUGUUCACGUGAAGCCAGAGUGGUCUUUGAAGCCACUGCAGGAGCCGUGGCGCUCGGUUGACUGCGUGUGAAGACGGGAGCUCGCGCUCGCGUCGCUGCUGCUGCUGGUGGAGUCUGGGACCCGAACCGACGCACAUGGUGUCCAGCCGAAACAGAGGCCCCGUUGGUUGCCAGCACCUGUCGCAGUCCAACAUGCCGAUCGGCAUGGCUUUACCGCUGUACCUGUCCAAAGAGGAGUUCAUCUACAGGACGCCUCUCGGAACCCGCAAGCCGGCUCUGCGGUUCCGGCACUCGAGCUGCACGGGUCAGUCCGAGCUUGAGGACAAUAGGUCCCGGUCCAAGAAGCAGGUGACGUUUGCUGACCACAAAGGCCUGGCUCUAACUAGCGUGAAGGUCUUCUCCCAGUUCAGCGACCCCAUCCACGUCCCACUGAGCGUCCAGCAGAACCCGAGGCCUCCGGCACCAGAGGACCACAAACUGGUGCUGGACUUCAUUCAGCCGUCCUCCGACUACCUUCACUUCCGCCAGAGGCUGGAGCAGAACCACGUGUGCCUGGAGCACUGCAUGCUAAAGGAAAAGGCGUUGGCCGGAACCGUAAAAGUCAAAAAUGUGUCCUUCCAGAAGUCGGUGAAGCUGCGUGUGACCUUUGACACCUGGCGCAGUCACACGGACGUGGACUGCCUCUACGUGAAGGACACGUAUCCCAGCCCGGCCAGCGACACCUUCUCCUUCCAGGUCACUCUGCCCGAGCAGCUUCUGCCUCACGAGCACAUCGAGUUCGCCGUGUGCUACGAGGUGGACGGCACCGAGCACUGGGACAGCAACCAGGGCCGCAACUACCGGGUCGUCUGGUCGUCCAUGGGCGGCAGCCGGAGGGACUCGUAUUCCUUCAGGCCCGGCGUUCACUUUGACCGAUACGGCAGCCCCACCUGCUCGCAUGGGCUCUUCCCCGAUUGGCCGAGUUACGCCGGCUAUGAGAAUAUUGGGCCAUACUACUGAGCCUGUCGGAGCCCUGGCGGUUCUGUUGGGUGGAGGUGGGAUGAACAUGCCUGCUCACGGGUUUUGUCUAUUUGUAUUGGUGCAGAUUGUUGUUGUUCUGGAUUAUUAUACUCCCAUCAUGCACCUCCCCAUCGGUUCUGUUUACAUUAAGUCAUUUGUGCCUCAGGUACCAGUUUAUUCAGCUGCUGUGACCAAACGCACUCUGCACCUGGAGCACCUCUUGCCUCCACCAGAACCUAUGUUUGUUUGUCAUCAGGUGUGAAAGAGCAAAUCAACCAACAGAACCAGGUCUGUGGAAUGUAAGAACCCUUCACUGCACUGGAAUGGUUUGGUCUGGGAGUUCGGGGUCAGUUCUGGUAAUGGAGGUGCUUACACCAUCAAUUUCUGUUUGUAAGAAAAAUAUGGAUUUUAUAAAUUUUUAGAGGUUUAACGUUUUAACCUCUGCUGCUGGAUUUUAACUGCACAGAAACGUGCCGGCUGCGUGUUUCGCUGGUUGUUUGAUUCAACGCAUGGAUGCUGUGAAGUGUAAAUGUUGGCAAGUAGUUUCAGAAAUGCUGGUCAAUAAAGUUGUAAAUGUUUUAA